UCCAUCCCAAAAAGAACUGUGGACUUGAGGGCUGCUUCCUAGACUACUGUCCGAGAGAGUGACACACCAAUGAGAGGCACUAGAGGAUCCUGGCGAGUCGUCGGCGUCUUGGCUUUCCUUUGUCUUCUACAUAUGCGAUUAGCUUCUGAUGAGAAUGAAGAAUCGUCCAGAACUGGAACGGCGAAAAGUCACUCUGACGACGCUCGGCAGCAUCUCUGCUGUGCACGGCAUGAAAAGAUGAUAGACGUCGGAUACGGCAUAUCUGGAGAAGUAAUACAAAUUGAUGCUGGACAUUGCCGAAGACUCUGCCCGAGGCAUGCUUUUGAUGAUCCUGGAGAUGCCAGUCGACCAGCCGUGGAGAGAUGUCCACCGGACUGGCACUGUCGUCCAAGUCGUGCCAGAUUGGAGAGGGUGUCGACUGUUCAGGGGGUACGAGUUAUCGAGGCCAUUGAUAGCUGCGACUGCGCGACCAAACAAUCUUGCACUCGCGAGUCAUACGUUCACGUUCUUCACCCUGGAACUCCGCACCAGAUUGACAUGGACGUGGGUCUGUGCACAGGUCAUUGCGCCAAAGGAAGACCUCGGCUGUAAGCCGCUGAGGAACAGGACCAUCAGCAUCAUUGGUCCAAACGGAGAUGAAGUGCAUCAGGUAAUUGACGAGUGCGGCUGUGGUAGUAACUGCUACAGAAUGAAUCAGAUUGAGACUAUACUGGACUUCAGUGAAGUGGAAAUCAAACAAGGCAGUAAUACAAGCGACGUGAAGCCUAU